GAGUGUGUGUGUCUGUAACAGAUGAAUUCGAUAGUGGUGACGGGGUGCAACCGAGGUCUGGGGUUGGGACUGGUGAGGAGCCUGGUGGGAAGGCAGGAUCCGCCCAGGACGCUGAUCGCGACGUGCCGGGAUCCUGACAAAGCGCAAGAGCUGAGGGAAAUCGCCGAGAAGCACAGGAACGUCCACAUUUUGAGCCUAAACGUCCGAAACUACGACUCGUUCAAGGAUUUCGCAACGCAAGUCUCCGAGAUCGUCAAAGAUGACGGUCUCAACGUUCUCUUCAACAAUGCCGGAGUUUCUCCCAAGUACACGAGGAUCAAUUACGUGAAAGUUGAUCAACUCUUGGAGACGUUUCAAACGAACACCGUCGCUCCAAUCAUGUUAACAAAAGCAUUGCUUCCGUUAAUCAAGAAGGCUUCGGAGAAGAACGCCGGUCUGAAGAUGAGCUGCAAACGAGCCGCGAUCAUCAACAUGUCUUCGAUUCUUGGCUCGAUCGAGUCCAACAAGGACGGCGGUCUAUAUCCCUACAAAUGCUCAAAAGCGGCUCUGAAUAUGGCCACCGCCUCUUUGGCUUUGGAUCUGAAGAAGGACGAUGUUUUAGUGGUAUCGCUGCAUCCUGGUUGGGUGAAAACCGAUAUGGGCGGUAACAACGCCCCAUUGGGCGUUGACACGAGCACCGAAUCUCUCGUCGAUCUGCUGCACGACAUGGGUCCCGCCCACAACGGCGGCUUCUAUCAAUGGGACGGCAAACAGUUGCCCUGGUAACCACCAUAAACUUGCAUCUUAAACGAUAUUAAACAAAUAAAGUGAUAUUUC